AUGCAGCAGCAGCAGCUGCUCCUGCUGCUGCUGCUGCUGCUGCUGUAUAUCACCCAAGACAGCAGCAGUGAGAGGCGAGGCAGCAGCAGCAGCAACAGCAGCAGCAGCAGCAGCAUCAACAGCAGCAGCAACACCACCACCACCACGACCACAACAACCAGCAGCAGCAGCAGCAGAAGCAGCAGCAGCAGCCGCAUCACCAGCAGCAUCACCAGCAGCACCAUCACCAUCACCACCACCAUCACCAGCAGCAGCAGCAGCAUCACCAACAGCAGCAGCAGCAGCAGCAGCAGCAGCAGCAGCAGCAGCAGCAGCAGCAGCAUACGGGUCCGUCUUCAUAGAGAUGAGCUAAGUAGUCAUCGAGCUCCCCCAAAGAAGCAAACGGCAAAAACCCAUACUCACACGCCCAAGGGCACGCGCUGCUGCAGCAGCAGCAGCAGCAGCAGCAGCAGCAGCAGCAACAGCAGCAGCGGCAGUAGCAGCAGCAGCAGCAGCAAUACAGCAGCAGGAGCAGCAGCAGUGGCACCAGAAGCAGCAGGAGCAGUAGCAGCAGCAACAGCAGCAAUCGCAGGAGCAGCAAUCACAGCAGCAGCAGCAGCAGCAGCAAUACAGCAGCAGCAGCAGCGACAGGAACAGCAACAGCAACAACAGCAGAUGUGGAAGGAUCAAAAGGCGAUGAUAGCUGCUGCUGCUGCUGCUGCUGCUGCUGCUGCUGCUGCUGCUGCUGCUGCUGCAGGGUUUAUUUGGGUUUGA